GUAGGAAAUUUGACAUCAUGUCAUUUUGACACCUUCGAGAAUACCUCGUAUAAAAAGAGAUGAAUAUACAUUUUCAUAGGAGCUACAAAAUAUUACUGCUCGCUUAAGUUGUGAUAACUGCUGGCUUUAUUUCUCUUGAGAAUGACAAGUGCACGGAAAAGUCCCCUUCUGGAGCCCUCUAACAAGUACAAAAGACGAAAACAACACAAAGAAUACAAUCUCAUGGGAAGUGAAACAGAAAUCAAUACUGCGAUUAUAAAAGAAUUUGAUUCCACAACCCAAAGUGAUGUAAACUCUAUAUCGACCAUUGUAAGUGCGAUAAAUUCUUACCAAACACUAGAUGACUUUAACUCUGUUUGUGUCAAAGUUGAGGCUGAUGAAUGGUGUAAUAUAGCUGCUUGUUUUUAUUCUGGGUCUGCAAAGUCAGAACAGAUUCUAGGGAAAGAGAUAUGUCAAGAAACAGACACAUUCCAUGGUAGAGGAAAGCGUGGGGAUCUUUAUAUCCCCUGUCCAGUAAAGACCCCACAAGGUGGGACCAAGAAGGAGCCAGUGUUGGAUACAAUACAGGAUGCUGGUGAUAAAUUCACUGAGGAACACAGGCUGAGGAUUCUAAACGAGUUGCCACCGAGCCAGAUUGGUUCUCAAGAAGUUUUCAUAGAUUUUGAAUAUGGUCAGUUUAUGCCAAGUGAACAACAUUCUUCCUCUGAUUUGACUUCUGUCAUUCAUUUGCCUUUAAAAACUCAAAAGGCAAAUACUUUGAGUACCUCACCAGUUCAGGUUUUGCAUACGAAUGUAAGUCCUUCCAUAUCAUGCAGGUUAGUGACAGCUGCCAGUUCUAAAUCUACUGAUGCUAGGUGUAAAAAGGAGUGUUGUGAUAUAUCCAUUGAAAAAGAAAUUCCUACACAUCAGCCCAUUGGUUUGUCAAGUGAUGUAACAGACAGUAUGGACCAACAAUUUGUAAUAUUACCAAGGAAUGAUCCGCAUGUUCCAUUGCCUUUAAUUAGCUAUGAUUUGAAGUCAAGUCUAUCACAUAACAUUUCUGACAGUCAGAGCAAUAAAGUUUCUUUGUCGAUGAGUUAUCAAGUUGAAGAAGUUGCCAUGGCAUCCAAGGUAGUGAAUUCCAAUCUGGUAGUAGAGUCUGGUGAUUGUUCUUCUGAUGACUUUGAAGAGAUAUUCAUUGAAAGAAGCAAAGAGGAAAGCAAGAGCUAUAAUUCAACCCUUCCGGCACCAAAUAAGAUUCUUAGUCAAGGUUCUUCGAUAGUUUUAGUCAAGCCGAGGGGUACAGUAAGAGAAAAUGCUGAAAAAAUGACUGUCCCCCUUAUUCGGAAACCAGCAAAGAGAAAAUUGGACAAACAUAGUGACCUAGUGGGUGUUAAGAGAGUGAAGAAAGCUAAGACACCGGCAAAUGACAAGACUGAGAUCAGUCUUGGACAGAGAAAGAUAGGCAUUUGUACAAACCUGAAACCUCCAGAUGAUGACAACUUGCUCUACUGUGUAGAAUGCAACAAGGAGUUUGAAGGGGACUGCCCUGUACAUGGACCCUACAACUACAUACAGGACAAAGAGGUGCCAGAAGUGGACCCUUAUAGAGCUGACCAUACCCUGCCUGAUAACUUUGAAAUUAAAACCUCAACAAUAGUUGGAGCUGGUCUUGGAGUAUUUACAAAAGUUGGACUGAAGUCCAGGAUCAUGUUUGGACCGUAUGAGGGCGAUAUCAUCACUGACAACCAUAAGUCAGGAUAUUGCUGGCAGAUCUAUAAAGAAGGCAAAGCAAGCCACUUUGUGGAUGUGCAGAACAAGGCCACGUCUAACUGGAUGAGAUACGUGAACUGUGCAAUGACAGAGGCAGAUCAGAACCUUGUAGCAUUGCAGUACAAAAGAGGCAUCUAUUACUGCACAUUCAAGCCAGUUCCAUCAGGGGAGGAACUGCUAGUUUGGUAUGGAGAUGAACGCGCCAGAGAACUUGGCCUUGCAUGUAGCCAGAGGGGUACCUUGAAGAGACACAUGAGGAUACAUAUAGGUGACACAGUGUACACGUGUGAGAUAUGCGGUUAUGGAUGUAAACAGAAGGGUAACUUGAAGACACACAUGGUGAUACAUACAGGAGAAAAACUGUUUAAGUGUGAGGUGUGUGGACAUUCAUUUACCCAGAGUAGUUCCUUGAAGACACACAUGCAGAUACAUACAGGAGAGAAACUGUAUAAGUGUGAGGAUUGUGGUUUUGCAUGUAACCAGAGGGGUAACUUGAAGACACACAUGCUGAUACAUACCACAGACAAACAAUACAAGUGUGGAAUGUGCGGUUUUGAAUGUAACCAUAAGGGUAACUUGAAGGUACACAUGAAAAUACAUGGAGAAAAACUGUAUAAGUGUGAAGUGUGUGGACACUCAUUUACCAACAGUAGUACAUUAAAGACACACAUGCGGAUACAUACAACAGAGAAACUGUACAAGUGUGAAGUGUGUGGUUAUGCAUUUAACCAAAAGGGUAGCUUGAAGACACACAUGGUGGUACAUACAGGAGAAAAACUGUACAAGUGUGAGGUGUGUGGUUAUGCAUGUAACCAGAAGGGUAACUUGAAGACACACAUGGUGAUACAUACAGGAGAAAAACUGUACAAGUGUGAGGUGUGUGGACAUUCAUUUACCCAGAGUAGUUCCUUGAAGACACACAUGCGGAAACAUACAGGAGAGAAACUGUACAAGUGUGAGGUGUGUGGUUAUGCAUGUAACCAGAGUGAUUACUUGAAAACACACAUGAUGAUACAUACAGGAGAGAGAGAGUACACGUGUGAGGUGUGUGGUUAUGCAUGUACCCAGAGUGGUAACUUGAAGAAACACAUGAGGAUACAUACAAAAGACAGAGUGUACAAGUGUGAGGUGUGUGGUUAUGCAUGUAAGCAGAGUGGUUACAUGAAAACACACAUGAUGAUACAUACAGGAGAGAGACAGUACAAGUGUGAGGUGUGUGGUUAUGCAUGUAGCCAGAGGGGUAACUUGAAGACACACAUGAGGAUACAUACUGGAGACAGAGUGUACAUGUGUGAGGUGUGUGGUUAUGCAUGUAACAAGAAGAGUAGCUUUAAGACACACAUGGUGGUACAUGCCGGAGAAAAACUGUACAAGUGUGAGGUGUGUGGUUUUGCAUGUAACCAGAAGGGUAACUUGAAGACACACAUGCGGAUACAUACACGAGAGAAAUUGUAUAAGUGUGAACUGUGCAAUUAUGCAUUUAACAAGAUUGGUAACUUGAAAACACACAUGAUGAUACAUACAGGUGAGAGAGAGUACCAGUGUGAGGUGUGUGGUUAUGCAUGUACCCAGAGAAGUAACUUGACCAAACACAUGAGGAUACAUACAGGUGAAAGACGGUACAAAUGUGAGGUGUGCAAUAAAGCAUUUAACCAGAAUCCUGACUUGAAGAUGCAUAUGGUGGUACACACAGGAGAGAGGGAGUACAAGUGUGAGGUGUGUGGUAAUGCAUUUUCCCAGAAACGUUCCUUGAAGAGACACAUGAAGAUACAUACAAGAGUAUGAGUAAUUCAUUGAACCAGAGUGUUAUUUGUAGAGACACAUGUAGAUACAUACAAGAGAAAGACUGUUUAAGUGUAUGGCUUGUGUUAUGCAUGUAACUUGGAUUGUCACUGAAAGAGACACUUGCUGAUACAUACAAGAGAUCGAUUUAUCUCUUAAUAAUUACUGCAUGUCAUAAAUAAGUUAUGGAUAAAUAAAUUAUAUGUAAUUACUUA